AUGCCCCGCGCCCGCCCCACCGCCAGAUCGGCGCGGGGGGAGCCGAGUGUUCGGCUGGUGCUGCAGGAGCCCUGGGGACUGGCCCUGUCCUCCCACCUCUCCUGGCUGGAAAGGAAACGAAGAAGAGCUCACAUAAAAGCAGUCCAGCCUUCCCCCCGUUUCUGCUGCAGCGUCCGGUGCCCCUGCAGCUUGUUGCACCCACGAGCGUGGAAUCUUGUCCACCCGGAGUGGAACUGUAAUCCCCAAAACAAACUCAAAGUGGAACGGAUUCUUCCAGCGAGUCUUAGCCAAGAACUUUUUCUCCUUCCAGCUGCGGGUGCAGGAAGCAACUCGGGGUUCCUCCCCGCCCGCGCCCGCGCGCCCCCUGCAGGCCGUGCCCCUUCCCGGCGUCCUGGGGCUUCUUGGAGCCGGCCCUGCCCUCGGGAGGCUUCUCCAAACUUCAGCAUCCCAGCUGGUCCAGUUGCUGAAGUAAAGGAACUGUGCAGCGUUCCCAUGCUAUCUGUUGACAUGGAAAACAAGGAAAAUGGCUCUGUCGGUGUAAAAAAUUCCAUGGAGAAUGGGAGACCACCUGAUCCUGCAGACUGGGCCGUGAUCGAUGUCGUCAAUUAUUUCCGAACAGUGGGAUUUGAGGAGCAAGCUAGUGCUUUCGAGGAACAGGAAAUUGAUGGAAAAUCCCUGCUGCUGAUGACAAGAAAUGAUGUGUUGACAGGACUUCAGUUAAAAUUGGGGCCUGCUCUGAAAAUCUAUGAAUACCAUGUAAAACCUCUGCAGACAAAACACUUAAAGAACAACUCUUCAUAGUCCAGUCAAAUUGGGAUCUUAGAUCUCAAAAUAUACAUGAUAAUAUAAUUUAGUUUCAUGUGCUGAAACUUUGUAAAUAGAAUGAAUACAUACAUGUCUAUAUGUAAAGAAUUUCAAUCAAAUGAAACGUUAUCCUAUUGGAUAGACUAGGCAAUUCGUCGUUUGACCUGAAUUCAGCUAGUAGGAGCAAGGGCCAUGUAUGGACAGGAUGCUUUUCCUUGAGUUUGUCACAUAGAAUUGUCUUUGGCAUAACCACCCCUCCCCAGAAAGGUUUUGAAAUCAUCAGUGCUUUCUUCGUAGAUUGUUUCCCAUGAUCCUUAAAAGAGAAUUCACUGAGAUGAUCAUCUUUCUGUUACAGAAAGAGAAAGCCUGAAAAAAAAUCAGUGGGGAGGAGGAUAAAAAGAAAGGGUGUUGUUGGAAUGUCUUUGCUCCUUGGUGCUUGUAUUAUUGGGAUGGAAUUGCCGACACCCUUUUUAAUAGAGGGUCCUCCACUUGACCUUAUUAAGGUUUCACUGGGAUAUGCUGCAAUGUUUGGAAGGAGUGUGCAUCAUGACCCCUUCAUGAGCAAAACUAUAGCUCUAAAAAAAGAUAUUGUAUAUUGGGGAUAUCCAUCCAUAUUCAGCCACCUUUCACUUGGAGUAAUGGUAUUUUCUGCAUAGAGUUGCUUUGAAAUUGGAUCUUUGUUUCUGAAGAAAGUAUUUCUUCACCUUAUGGUUUGUAUUUAUAAUCAUUUGAUUCUGAAGAAAUUUGUCAAGUUAACAGAUCAAAAAUCUUCUUAAUAGUACAGAAUAUUUUUAUACAUAUAUUCCUUCAUGAUGUGUAAUAUUUUUUUAAUUACCCUGAUGCUUUGUUUGAUUUUUGGUUUGAGUACUUGAUUUCAAGAACUUGGUAAGGUGGGCUUGCUACAUCUCUGUUCAAAGAGACAUUUGUUUGACCCUCAUGUGUUUCAAUGCCUUGUUGAAUUGGUGCUUUGUGGUCUCAAUAAAGCAUUGC